AUGUCAAAAAUAGCUAUUAUGCUUCAGCUAAAUGGUAAUUGGGAUAGCUUUGGGAGAUACAGAGAUUUUAAUGUUGACGGAAUUGUAGUCAGCGAUGAUUCAAAUUAUAGUCAAUUGAAUUUUAUAAUCGCAGAGCAUUUAAUGAUCAAUAUAUCAGAAAAAAUCAUAGAAAUCAAAUACAUUGUCAACGAACAUUGUCCUCUAAUGGAAAUUCGGAACGAUAUGGGAGUUCGAGUAUACAUGGAGACGAAAAAGGAAAACAAAAGCUUAGGAAUGUAUCUACUAUGUAUAACAGUGCGUGAUUUCGAUUUGAAAUGCAGUAUCUCUAAUUUGAACACAAUUACAGGUUUAUCUGGAAUACUGAAGUUGAUUGAUAUGCCAACAUCUCCAGCGAUAGUGGAAUAUGAAAGUAUCAUCAUAACAGAACAUACACCAAAUGUUAUUGAAGUAGGCCAAGUCUAUAAAGACAAGCAAACAAUUGCCAGUGCAAUGAAGUACUAUUCUGUCAUGAACAAGUUUCAAUUUAGGUCCACCAGCAUAAAUGAUUCAGCAUUGUUCAAGGUUCGAAAAUUCAACAGCUUGCACGCAUGCUCUUUGAUGGACAAUACAUACAUACAACUCAAACCUACUGCCAUGGUAGUUGGUAGCAUGGUUAUACCAAAAUAUGCGGAUCCUAAGACAAUUUACAUACCAAAAGACAUACAAACUGAUAUGUUGUCGGAACACGGUGUGAACUUAACAUACAUGCAAGCUUGGAGAGCAAAGAAAAAUGCUUUGAAUUUUUUGAGAGGUCAUCCGGCUGAUUCCUACAAUCACUUGCCAAGUUAUUUGUAUAUUCUGGAGAAGACUUAUCCGGGGUCGUUAGUUAAAUUGCAGAAGACUAACGAUUACUGUUUCUUUUACGCAUUUGUUGUGCUUAGUACGCCCAUCAAGGGUUGGGAGUAUUGUAGGCCAGUUGUAGCAGUUGAUGGGACCUUCUUGAAGUCGGUAUAUAGGGGAAUAAUGUUAACAGCUAGCACAAUAGAUGCAGCAGGUAGCAUAUUACCACUGACAUAUGCUGUUGUUGAUUCAGAAAAUGACGCAUCAUGCAAGUGGUUUUUUGAGCAAUUCAAACAUGCGUAUGGUGAAAAACCAAAUAUGUGUGUUGUUUCGGAUCGGAAUGCGAGUAUCUUGAAGGCAACAUCUAUUGUUUAUACCGGCAUGCCAUAUUAUGCUUGCAUGUGGCAUAUUUGGAUAAAUAUAAGGUCAAAAUUCAAGAAGGGUCAUCUAAAGUUAAGCGAAUUGUACUUUGUCACGACACGAUCAUACACGCUUGAUGAAUUUAAUGAAAGAAUGUCAAAGAUUGAAGAGAUCGACACACGUGUUAAAGCAUACCUAUACGAUAUUGGCUAUCACAGAUGGUUUCAGGUACAAGCUACGGUGAACAUAACGUGGAUGAUGACAUCAAACAUUGCAGAGUCAUUGAAUGCGGUAACAAAAUAUGCAAGAGAGUUGCCCAUAGUAGAACUAUUAGAGUACAUGAGGAUUCUUCUUACUAAUGAAAAGUUAUUGAAAGCAAAGGGUACAUUCACAUACCUUGGAAAAAAAUACAAUAAAGAGUUGGAGGACAACAAGACAUUAUCGCAAAAGAUGAGAGUGAGGGAUUCAACAGAUCACAUCCAUACAGUGAUAGAUGGUGUGAAGCGCUUAAUUGUUUGUCUUCAAAACAAGAGAUGUAGUUGUGGACAAUUCCAGCUUGAUGAACUUCCUUGUGCACAUGCUUUGGCGGCUUUGAGGCACAGGAAUGAGUCUUAUGAAAACUAUUGUUCUCCUUAUUACACGAGGUAG